AUGCGCAACAGCCCACAACAGCCAUGGGAAUUCUCCUUCAGGUCGCAGGUAACGUUGAGCCAGAAGCAGGACCCUGAAGAACCCCACAUCGCGGUCGGCUCGGCGCUGCGAGGGCGCCUCCCGCCUCGCUCCCGCCUCACAGAACCACAGGGUGGGAAACCACCCACCGGAUCACCGAGCCCGUCUCCUACCUUGCCGGCGGGCGACGCUCCUCCGCGGCACCGCGGCGCAGCCCAGGCACGAAGCCAGGAGCAGCAGGGACACGAAGCGGCGGCCGCCCGGCACCUCCAUGCGUGCCGCGUUCCCGAGGCGGGAGGCGGGCGGCGGGCUGGGAGCGCUCGGGGCGCCCCGCGCGUCCCCUCGGGGCGGCGGCCGGGCGGGACCGGGCCGGCAGCGGCGGAGCUCGCACCGCGCCGGGAGGGGAAGGGAAGGAAAGGAGCGGGGGAGGAGGCUGGGUCCGGCCCUUUGAUGGGAUUAUCGCCGCUCGUGGCGGCGCUGGGCACGGCUCGGCGCCUCCCCCGCCGCCGCGCAGCCCCCGCCCCGUCUGAGGGGUCGAGGCCAUCCCGGCCCGGGACCCUCACGGGGCCUUUCCUCGUCCCUCCCGUGCCAGGAGGCGCCCCCGGGGUGUCCCCCCCACCUCCCCGUCCUGCAGGACCCCAGCUCGGCCGCCUCUUCCCCCUGCGGAUGGAGGCUGAGACCUAUCCAGCCACUCAGACUAAUAUAGAAACCCUUGUGGGGAUUAGAAGGAACGUGGAGGAAGACAAGGGGAAGCCGCGGCGACUGAGGAUCCUGAGAAAAUACAGGAAGAGAGGAGCAAGUAGGAUGCCCAAAGCAUCCCUUCAGAGAAGUAUAGUGUUGGUGGGACAAAAGACCAAAUCUGUUUGGUCCGGUAUCCCAUCUUUGAAAUUUAACAGGCAGGAGAUGCAAGAAACUUCGUGUUAGGCAGAUGCGGGAUUAUCUGCCCUGUACUUUAGGUCUCAUCUUAAUCUCAGUUUGUUAGAGAUCAGUUUAAACCCUGAAACGUCAGACUUGUUUUGUCUUGAGGGUUUGUGUGGGCUUUGUUUUGGAAAUGAGCUUCGUUUGUUUG